AUGGAUGAUUAUGAUGAGUUUUCUGAUAACUCUAUUGAAAUUACAAUAAAUGAGUAUCAAGGAAAGGAGUCACAUAAAGUGGAAAAAAGUAUUAUUAGGUACUUGAAAAACUUGGGUCUUAAAAUGAAUACCAAUCCUAUGAUAAAACAAAUAAAAUAUGAAAGGUCGAACAAUUAAAUCAUUGAUGUUAUAACUUCAAAAGCCCUGUCUUCUUAUGGUAAUGUUUUGAAGGAAACAGAAACAGAUUAUAAGAUCUUAUUCUAAAAAAAUCAAUUCUUGAAAAGAAUAAGAAAACCAAUCACUCUUUGA